AUGGCGGAAGAGCCACUUCAUAUCAACCAGGAGAAUGCAACGCGUUUCCCCUUCCUGGGGUCGCCUGCUGCACAGGCCCAAGCAGGUGCCUUGGGUCAAGCCGGCACCUGCUGUCUAAAAGCUCUGUACUCUGAAACUAUGUCCAAGCAGUCACAAUUUCGAGAAGAUAAAGGAACUCAAUCGGGGCCCGUUUGGAAUGAGCUGCAGACACACACCAAUGCCCUAGAAACAGCACUUCAUGAAGCAAAGACACCAAUCCCCCCUUCUCACGUACUGGGACAUCAUAACAAGAAUCGGCCGCCUCUCUCGCGCCCCUCCACGCCUGUAGCUCGGCGGGCUACUGGUGCGGCAUUGCUGGCAAGCAGCGCCGGUCAGGGAAUUCCUCCAGUUGUAUGGAGCGUGUUGGAGUUGGAGAUUCGUCGCGAGCAAGAUGACCACGAAACAUUCAUGCGGGCUUUAUCUCCCGACACCAAAGUAGGGGAUCUCCUUGCCCAGGGCUCAACCGAAAUUCGGGAGCAUCUUCUGGCAGAUGUGAAAAGGGCCAUUGCCGGUCCACUGCCAAUCGAGGACUUUCACUCGGAGACCGCACGGGACGAGGGAAUGUUUAAUCAUCCAAGUCUCAUUGGACUGGAUGAGGUUCACCGUGCCGAUACAGCGUGGGAGCAGCAGACGAAUACCUGGAGGAGAGGCCUACCCCUGAGCCCGAUGCUAGCAUGCUCUGAAUAUACUGAUAGUGAAGAUCCUCAAAUCGUCCAAACAGCCCGCCACCUCUUGACCAUGCCCCGACUGGCCAAUAUUCUACAGCAGCGAUUUCCUGACGGUACCUCCGGAGAUCAUGCCCUCGUUCAUGGACCCGAUGGCUCGUUCUACACCUUUAACGAACUUGCCUUUCAUCCUACAUACUGCCUCUUGAUGGAACGGGACGAGCUGUGGAACACGCUUCACAGUCCUGAGAUGGAUCGCCUGUUAGACCAGGCCCAUCAAUCCCAGCCCCUUGUGAGCUUCUCCACUGUCGAUCUUCAACGGCUCGCCAUGGCACAACGAAUUGUUAGCGUAGUCAUCCACCACGCAGUGCGUGACUCUAUUCAUUACCUCUUCGGCGGUUGGCAGCAGACCGCAGUCGAGGUUUUACGCGCUCGACAGGGUUCCUGCUCCAGCAGUGCCAAUCUGGCCGUGGCCCUCGCCCGAGCUGCUCGUGUGCCUGCCGGUGCGAUCCGCUUGCACGUCGAGACCCCCGAGUACUUCGGACGGGCCGCCAUCCCCAACGCCGUCGGCGGACGAACCAGGGUCAGCGUCCAUUAUCAGGUCGGAUGGAUUACUUUGCAGUCCGCUGUUGACGGGGGACUCACCUGGCAGGUCGUAAGGUCGGACCCAUCCGAUGAAUUCGAGAUCGGUGCUGGAUUGGAACAUUUCAAUUGCCCACGGAGUCGUGUCACCCAUUUUGACGGCAGUCAUGAUUGUGUCCUGCUGUUUCCUCCCGAAGAGGUGUUUGAUGAUGUUGGUCCUCUGGCCAUCAUCGACCCGUUGCUACGCAAGCAGAAGCCGUUGAUCCCUUCGAUUUCACAGCGACUCGAGCUUCUUCGCGCCGUGCAUGCGCGCGGUCCAGUAGCUGGCAUCCAACAGUUGGCUUCUCAGAUCACGCAGAGUUCACAUCAAGGACGAUAUGAUCUUGUCGCUCAGUCCUACAAGGCUAAGCAGGAAAGCCUCCUAGAGGAUCCUUUAACCGUGGCCGCUUUCCCAGGAAAGGUUGCCCAACAGUUAAAGGCAUUCUUAAACCACUCGUCCACUCUCACGUACAUGAUGGAGAAGAGCGUUCCAGAGACCCCCCUAUGGGCAGACCGGUUUCUGGCUUUCGCAAAGUCCCAGGGGAUGAAUCCCGACCAUCUUCCACAUGCAGCGAGCCUAACUCCUCGACUUUUUUACAUCGUUCGAUCGCUCCGCGCUGUCCUUCACUCCGUCCCAGAAGCCGACCGCGCAGAGCUUCCGGCAGCAUUCGUCGCAUGCACACAGCACCAGCGAGUCCUGCAAAUCAGCCCCAGCCAAACCGAGUGGACGCGUCGGCUGGGAAACGUCUACCAGUUCAUGGACCAAUGCUACCCAGACAACUCCGAUUCCCACCACGGUCCACGGGCAUCCCCUUACUGGCUCCAUCGAUCUAUCCAGGAACGAUACCUCAACUUUAUACGCUCCGAAGCGUCCGCAGAAUCAAUGCAACACCCCGCCUCCAGCGCCCUAUCCUUUCUUCUCGGCAAAGAUGCCAGUCAAUACCAAGACCCCCAGGGCCAAUGGCACAAAAAUAUCAUCCCGAUCUGUAACAACGCAGGAAUCAGCCCAGAGCAAGUCUAUCAGAUCGCCCAAUUCCACACCCAUUUGCUCUCCGACGUGGCCACCGCAACAUGGGAGCGCUACUGCUGUUUCAUGCGCCAACACGCAGAAGGAAUCCGAUGUAGUACCGACUGCGCCGUUGAGUUCGAAGCCUGGUUCCAUCGUCGAGACCCAAUCUUAGCUGCUCUUCAUCGCGACGAUCUAGCCCAUGAUCCACUCUACCCCAAGUCAGUCAGUCGCUAUUUGCUACCUCGCACGGUAGCAAAAACUACGUCACUCAUUCGGACCGCCUUGUCCGAAUUCAUCGAGCUGAUCGAGACGCAGCCCGUCACCAUAAGGCCGAGGACGAACGCGGAAAUGGACUCGCUUCUGCAUGGAUUUCUUAGGGAACGUACCGUUGUCUCAAUGGAAGCGGUGGUCGGCGAGCGGAGGGGCGGGUGGUUGAAACCAUACGGCGUCUUGUAUGCGCUGUGGAAGAUCUAUAUAUUGCCGUUAGAGGAGGCGAUUGGUGUAGCGAAGGAUCUUGUGCGCUGUUCCCAAGAGCAAUCGUAUCGCUCAGAGCAAGAUUGGCUUGGCGAGGUUGCGAAGAGUUAUCCGUAUGCGACGGAAUCUCCUAGAUGGAAAGCGGUAGCGAUGCUGUAG